GACAUGCUUGACCUAGUCAUCGCCAAUAGCUCGCACCAGCAUCUAUGAUUUACCCUUCUUGUCUUCACAUGCCCAAAUACUACGAGCAAAAGACAUGGUAUUACUCAUACUAAACACAACACAUGCUACUCGUAGAACCAAAAUACACACGUCAAUGGCAGCAACUUCACCAACACCAUCAAUCCUCUCCUUCAUAGAAACAGCCAAUUCCAUCUCCCAACUCCACCAAGCUCACGCUUUCAUGCUCAAAACUGGCCUCUUCCACAACCCUUUUUCUGCUAGUCGCCUCUUAACCAAAGCCACUCUUCUUCCCAUUUCUUCCCCUGAAGUCCUUUCAUAUGCACUCUCCGUUUUCACCCACAUUCAACAACCCAACUCAUAUAUCUACAACACCAUCAUCCGUGCUUAUUCCACUAGUCCCUUUCCGCAACUCGCACUCAUUAUCUUCCUCAAUAUGUUAAAUAAAGUUUCCCCAGAUAAGUAUACGUUUACGUUUGUUGUAAAGGCUUGUGCUACUAUGGAAAAUGCUAAACAAGGUGAACAAGUUCAAGGGUUAGUGACAAAAGUUGGACUUGAGGAAGAUGUGUAUGUGUACAAUACUUUGGUUCAUAUGUAUGCGAAAUGUGGCUGUUUUGGAGUUUCGCGUGGUAUGAUUGAUAGGUUGGUUGAGGACGAUGUUAUAGCGUGGAAUGCGUUGUUGAGUGUGUAUGCUGAAAGGGGUUUAAUUGAAUAUGCGCGUGAGUUGUUUGAUGAAAUGCCUGUGAAGAAUGUGGAAUCUUGGAACUUUAUGGUUUCUGGGUAUGUUAAUGUUGGGUUGGUGGAUGAAGCAAGGAAGGUGUUUGAUGAGAUGUUGGUGAAAGAUGUUGUUUCUUGGAAUGUUAUGGUUACCGGGUAUACUAAGGCGGAUAGGUUUAAUGAAGUUUUGGCUCUUUUUGAGGAUAUGCUGAGAACUAAAGUGAAGCCUGAUGAUUGUACACUUGUGAAUGUGCUGGCUGCUUGUGCUGGUGUUGGAUCUCUUAGCCAGGGGAAGUGGGUUCAUGCAUUUAUCGAGAGGAAUGGGAUUGAGGUUCAUAAUUUUCUUGCUACUGCACUUGUGGAUAUGUAUUGUAAAUGUGGAUGUAUUGAGAAAGGUUUGGAGGUGUUUAGUGGUACUUUGAGAAAAGAUAUUAGUACUUGGAAUGCAAUGAUUGCUGGGUUCAGCAACCAUGGGUACUUGGAUGACGCAUUAAAGACUUUCAAUGAGCUCAUUGUUGAUGGUAUCAAGCCCAAUGAGGUGACUUUUGUAAGCAUUCUAUCUACUUGCAGUCAAGGGGGCUUAUUAAGCGAGGGCCGUAGGAUGUUUGAUCUCAUGAUUAAUGAGUAUAGAAUUCAGCCGACGCUUGUGCAUUAUGGUUGUAUGGUUGAUUUACUUGGCCGAUUUGGAUUAUUGGAGGAGGCUGAAGAACUCGUUAGCAAAUUGCCAGUGAAAGAAGCUCCUGCUAUUUGGGAGUCCUUCUUGAAUGCUUGCAGAAGCCACAAUGAUGUUGAAUUGGCAGAGCACAUCGCUACCAAACUUUUAGAGCUUGAUCCUUGCGACAGUGCUGGUUAUGUUCAGCUAUCAAAUGUCCUUGCAUCUAUGGGGAGAUGGGGUGAUGUGAGGGAAGUGCGAAGAAAGAUGAGGAACGAGGGGAUAACUAAAGAGCCAGGUUGUAGCAUGAUUGAAAUUGAUGGAGUUGUUCACGAGUUCUUGGCUGGUGAAGGGAUAAUCUUGUCACAAGGAUAAAAUACUUCUUGUACAAAAAUUUGCUGGCCUGCUUAUACAGCCUGCAACUGAUUCCCUUAAUACUCUCAUACUUUUCAGGCUGCCAGAUGGGAAUUAUAGUAUGUAGAUUUGAGUGGUGGCAAAGACCUUAGGGAAUCACAGGUGAGAUCGAAUCUGGUAAAGAAUGGAGUUUUUCUUUAUGCAGACCAAAAAUGUUGCUCAUAGUUGACGCUCUUUUGGUAAUAGAAGCAAAUAGUUUGUUGUAAAUGACAAGAAGCAGCUAUCGUAAACUUGUGCAAGAGCCUAGAUAAGCCUGUGUUAUAUUUAUUAUAUUUAUACCCCGGUUCUUAUCAAUCAGGUAUUUUUAUUUUUUGAUAAGUUUCUUACCCCU